CCCUUUGCUUGUCCUCCGUGCGGUCAUGUCGGUGUCCCUGUCCAGCAUCCCUGUAGUGCUGAAGGACAACAAGAGCUGCUACCACCACCACCACCACCACCACCACCAGGCCGGCAUGCUGAAGGGCAACCCGGCUAGAGGAGGCUUCUACCAGAACCCUCUACCCAACUACAUGGACUUCUUCAUCCCGCGGACUCACAACCUCCUCCACCCGCUCAAGUCCCUCGGUCGCCUGGUGUCAGACCCCCAUCAUCAUGCCUCUCUGCCUCUCAGCCUGCACGGUGGAGCUCCUGCGUUCCAGCAGCACACCUCCGUCCACAUGUUGAGCGCCUCCUCCGGCUACCAGAUCCAGAUGUUGCCCGGACACCACCAGCUGUUCUCCAAACCGGAGGAGCUGGCCGCGGUGGUGACGGAGCACGCAGCCGGUCCUCUGUCCUCUGACUUCAGCAGCCCGGCCUCUUGUGAGUCUUCUUCCGGCUCUUCACCGCCUAAAGACGGUCCUUUACGCAUCCGGAGCGCGGAGGAGCUGACGCCGGACAAAACGCGCACCACGUCUUAUAACUUCAGCGAGGAUGACUUGUUCAUGGUGCUGUACGGUUACUCCGGCAGCCAGGAGCGCACAGUGGGACACGCUAUAUCAGGACUGAACCUGCCAGACAAGACAGUUUCUGACUCUCACAUUCUCCCCUUGGACAAGGAGACACUUGACCUUCCAGAGGGGUUAACCAUCGUGCAGGCAGCUUGGGGAAACGUGUCCCACUGUGGAGUUUUCACAGACAAGAGCAGCAUCCCUAAAGGGACGCGCUUCGGACCUUUCCCUGGAAAACUGGUCAACACCAGCGAGAUCAAAACAUACGACGACAACACUCUGAUGUGGGAGGUGUUUGAACACGGCCGGUUGAGUCAUUUUGUUGAUGGCAGAGGAGGAUCAGGAAACUGGAUGUCUUUAGUGAAGUGUGCUCGUUUCCCAGAGGAGCAGAACCUGAUUGCUGUGCAGGUCCAGGGUCAGAUCUUCUAUGAGGCCUGCAAAGAGAUCCGGCCAGGCCAGGAGCUGCUGGUGUGGUAUGGAGACUGCUACAUGCAGUUCCUGGGCAUCCCUCUCACCUUGAAAGACUCCAGAGAGGAGAGCAGUGUGCAGGUUCCUCCAGCUGAAGAUUCUGGUGAGGGUUUCAAGUGUGACAGAUGUGGGAAGGUGUUUGCCUACAAGUACUACAGAGACAAGCACCUGAAGUACACGCGCUGCGUGGAUCAGGGCGACCGGAAGUUCCCCUGUCACCUGUGCAGCAGGUCCUUCGAGAAGAGAGACAGACUGAGGAUACACAUUUUGCACGUGCACGAGAAACACAGGCCUCACAAGUGUUCAGUGUGCGGAAAGAGUUUCUCUCAGUCGUCCAGUCUCAACAAACACAUGCGUGUUCACUCUGGAGAAAGACCAUACAAGUGUGUCUACUGCAAUAAGGCCUUCACUGCCUCCAGCAUCCUGCGGACACACAUCCGCCAGCACUCCGGAGAGCGGCCCUUCAAGUGUAAGCACUGCGGGAAGGCCUUCGCCUCGCACGCCGCCCACGACAGCCACGUCCGGCGGACCCACGCCAAGGACAAGCCCUUACCAUGCGACCUGUGUGGAGCUACUUUUCAAACUGAACAGGAAUUUAAAUAUCACAUGACAAAUCACAAAAACUGCAGGCAAAUCUCGGACAGCACAGUUGUUCCGCCUUCUUCAGGGCUACAGGAGGACUCCGUGUUUCCAGUGAAGGACAAUCCAAAAAUACAGAAGAACGCCGGACAAAACUUUCCAUACUCCGGGUUAACAGUUUUAAAUCCAGAAUAUCGGCCCUGGAACUAAUCUGGUCUGAGCUAGACUCAGUAAAUCAUGACAAAGAGAACCACUCGAACUGUGUGUAAUAAUAUCACAAAAAGACAACAUCUAUACAGGAACAUUGUGGUAAUGUCAUGAGAGAUACAUAAUACAAUAAGGUAGGAUCUGGUGGGUUUUCUUUAUGUAAAUGCUGCUUAAGGGAAAAAAGAUGUUGUUCCAUAAUAAUAGGCCUAUUUAAAUAGGCUCAUCAUAAUUUAAAUGUAAGUGUAAAUCUAUUUAUAAUAUGUUAAAAUAUGUUGUCUGUUGUUUUGUGGCUUAAAGCUUUUACUCUGCAAUUGUUUUGUGAUUUAUUAUUAUUAUUAUUAUUAUUAUUAUUAUUAUUAUUAUUAGGCCUACGUUGGGUUUUCUUGCAUCGACAAAACGCUUGAAAAGCAAAGCUAUUUUUUUCUAUCAUUGAGCCUAUUUGUGUAUAAAAUCAAUGUUAUUCCUUCUCUUAAUUUAUAAUGUAUGAUAAUAUUUUUUACUGUAAUGUAAUAAGGCUGCAAAAGCAAUCGAAAGUGUCCUCGUUUGUUCUCUAUGAACUCCCUCUUU